AUGUCUCUCUUUGCCACACGGGGGGGGCGGGGGGAUAGGGAUGUCCAGAAUGGGUUAGGCAGUGGUAGUGUGGUGGUGAAGGUGGAAUAUGCAACUUACACAAAGAAAAAGUUUGCAACUGGAGGUGGUCCUCCACCUUCACCACCCAAAUUAAGUCCUUUGUUGGAGGCAACGGCAAAUCUGAUUUCUGAGGAACUUGAAUUGGCAGAGUUCCAGUAUGACAGUUCCUGUCGUGAUGUGCCUCUGCCAACAAAUCCAUUACCUGAGGCACCCAAACCACCGUCACCUCAGCCACCCAAAUCACCGUCACCUCAGCCUUUACAUCCAUCGUCACCUUUACUGGUCUUACAUGAAGAAGAUUAUGAGUGGAUAGAAGAUGGCCCUCCCCCCGUGGAAGCAGUGCCACUGCCACCACCAUCUACAAUGGGUAGCUGCAGUGCAGAACCAGCUAUCCCAGGUCCUUCUAAGAAAGCAGACUGUGGGCAGCAAAAGACUAUACCAAAUACGUCUGCCAAUAGAAAGAGGAAAAGGGUGCAAGAGAGAGAUAAUGUGUUUAACUCCAUUAGAGAAGAAAACUCAAAUUUGAAGAAAAGAUCCCUUCAAAUAAUGGAGGAAAAACAUGUUAAAGAACUGGAAGUUCUUGAUAGUGUUCAAAAUAUGUGCAACACUGUUAAUCAGUUUUUUUCAAAACUCAUCACUGACUAUGAUCAGAUUUUCAAAAAGUAG